AUGUCGAUUUAACCGAUUUUAAAAGUUUCCGCGUAAAUCAAUUAUGUCGCAUCGAACCUUUAAGAACGCAAAACAAUGGAUAAACGGAGGCAUGGCCCGCUGGCGUCUUGAGGCAUUUUAAUGCGAAAUUUGACGCCCCGAUUUCAUUAGAACGAUCGCCGCAACGCGUAGGACAAUGAUUAACUUUUUUCGAAAUUUAUUCAUGGUAGUUUAAAUAGGGAGGGUACGGGAACGUAUAAGAGCAACAGGCGUUCGGGUUUGGUCAACACAACCUCAAACGAUCGUUACAAUGGCGUACGUCCAAAUUCUCGUUCUGAUCUCGUUAUUCUAUGGAUCUUUAUGUGGCUAUGCGGCCCCCGAAUAUUACCAAACGUCUCCCCUAAAUAACGUGCCUAUCAUCCGCAUGGAAGUAACCAACGAUGGAGAGGGAUCGUACAAGUACGCAUACGAGACAGGGAAUAAAAUUGCCCAGCAGGAACAAGGGGAUCCUACGAAACGCCAGGGUUCCUAUUCGUACACCGCACCCGACGGUCAGCAAGUGUCGAUGUCCUACGUUGCGGACGAACACGGCUUCCAUCCUCAGGGAUCGCACAUGCCUGUGCCGCCUCCGAUGCCCGAGGCGAUCAAGAGGGCUGUGGAGCAAAACUUGGCGGAAGAGGCAAGAGGUAUCGUGGAUGAUGGACAGUACCGUGAGGAUAUUCAAGCUCCUGCUUUGCCUGCCCACUUUAGAGUGUAGAAUUGGGGUCAAGAAUUGUGUUUAUAAAAGCGACUUACAUUAAGUUCAAUAUUGGUGAUAUCAAAAUUGUAUCUCAAGCUGUAAUAAAGUUGUAAUAAUAA